AGGGCCCAAUUUGCUCUACAUUGUCGUGUACACUCAGCUCUGUUAGUCCUCCAUCAGGCUGACUUAUGCCUCUGUAUUAGCACUACACAAUGAAUUUCUACUUUGAGGCAGCCAAAGUACUUGACAAGCUUGACUCGAAGAAGGGCUCGAUCAAGAGCAUCAUCGCCACGGUAGCUGAGAAAGACAGGAGGCGCACAGCGGCGUUGGUCAUCGAGACCCUCAAGUACAAACCUGUCUUGAACGAAGUAAUUGAUGCCGCGAAGCUUCUGAAGGAAGAGCGCAAGAUCACGUCCCGGAACCUCGCGCUACUGCUGAUACAUGACCUCUUACUCGCCAAUGGCAUACAGGCAGGGGAUGGGCCCGUCAAACAAGGCAUUCUACGGCACAAGACCAGACUCCAUAGCGAGUUCACGCGGAUCAAGAUCAAGCGGGGCGCGAAGACGAACGCAGAACUCGCGCAGACCGACGACUCCAGAGCCGCGCAAAUACCACGUUAUGUGCGAGUCAACCGGAAUUGCUGGACGACGGAAAAAGCGGUCGAGACAUUCGCAUCGCGUGGCUACGAGCUCGCUGACCCGCUUUCUUCAUACAAGGCGUUCGCCAAGGAUGAACACAUCCCUGACCUCCUCGCCUUCCAUCCCCAAGUGCAGUUCGCCGAAGACGCCUUGUACAAGGAAGGCAAGAUUAUCUUACAAGACAAGGCCUCAUGUUUUCCUGCACACGUUCUCGCCCCGCCAGCCGAUGAAGGCUGCCAUGUCAUUGAUGCUACUGCCGCGCCGGGAAACAAGACUUCGCACUUGAGUGCGUUGAUGGGCAACAAAGGCAGAUUAUACGCUUUUGAGCGCGACCGCAAGCGCUUCUCAACACUGAAGAUGAUGCUCGCCAAAGCUCGGUGUAAGAACGUUGAGGCCGUCAACGCGGACUUCCUCACGACGAGUCCGACCGAUGAGAGAUACAGCAAAGUGACCCAUAUCCUACUCGACCCCUCAUGCAGUGGAUCUGGCAUCGUGAACCGAAUGGAUCACUUGCUGGAGUCGGAUACGCAGGAAGACGAAGGACAGGACCGACUGGCGAAGCUCGCCGCGUUCCAACUCAUGAUGAUCAGACACGCCAUGAAAUUUCCAUCAGUGAAGCGAAUCGUCUACUCAACAUGCAGCAUCCACGCCAUCGAGAACGAGCGGGUGGUCCGGCAGGCGCUCGAGACACCUGAAGCAACUGAUGGACACUUCGCCCUCGCUCCGCUGGCGGAUGUCCUCCCGACAUGGAGACGGCGAGGCCUGGUCGAGGAGAUGAACAGUCCGGAUGAUGCACAAUCGCUCGUGCGGUGUUCACCGGAUGGAGAUGCGACGAACGGGUUCUUCGUAUGCUUAUUCGUAACGAAACAUGACGGCGGCGGAGGCGCAGCUGCCGUAAAACAGAAACGGCGAAUCGACGAUGAAACCACCGAUACAACACGUAAGAAACGCAGCAAACACAGGAGAAAGGAGGCCAGCGGUGCAGGAGAAUCGUCGUGACCUUGAUUGUACGUGCGGAGUCAAUACCAGAUUUUAUUCGUCGCAGGUUACAUAUCGCCAAACGCUAUAGUCAGAAAAGUCGGGGCUACAUAUCGGACAAGAGCGGAAGCGGUCGACUGCCCGUGUCAGUUGGCGAUGGUCAGUUUUAUCGCAGACGAACCUCAU